UUAGGCACAGUUCUUCUUCUGACGGUGGUACAGUUUCUGAUUGCAGUCUGCACAGCCGACUACUCAAUCUACGAAACAACUGUGGGCGGCACCCUGGAUGGUGACAGCCACUACGAAACCCACAACAGCAGCAGAAAAGAGCUGAUUUUUAAAAUGCUAAAAGCCUCUCUAACGUCGUAUUUGCAUAUCUAAAAAAUAAUCUCCUAUGCUUCUAUUUGUAUGACCAGCUUUUGAAGUAUAUUAUAUCACUGAGAUUCCACUUGUGUGCAGGUGAGUAUGUGGAGGUGAUAGUAGACUAUGGAGGUCUAGUGGAGGAUCUGUUCCUGAGGUCUGAAAUCACGGGGGAAAGUAGAAGGGUUCUACUGACACACAACAACCAGGCCUCAGCAGUUGAGGAGAACACCUGGUGGCAGGGAAUGCUCCUCAUACCUUGGGCCAACCGAAUUGCCUAUGGAAGGUACGAGUUUUUUAAUUCAGUCUAUCGUCUGCCACUGAACGAGCUGUCCAUUGACCCCCCUCUAAUCAAUGCCCUCCACGGCUUCAUGGACGGAAAGAAGAUGACAAUCACGGACACACAGGCUACAGCCCAUUACGGCCUCCUGCAGCUCUCCUACACUUUCAACCACCCUCUCCCCGGCUACCCCUUUCAUUUCGAGUUGUCGAUUGACUACAUACUGUCAGAGUCAGGAUUCGCCAUGGAUUUCCACGUCACUAAUAACAUGGAGUCCACCCCAAUGCCGUUCUACAUGGGCUGGCACCCGUACUUUUGCUGCGUGCCAAAUGAAGCCUACGUGGUAUUGGAUCCCUGCACGUCAUGGAACCACGUGGAACUCGAUGCUAACAUGGACCCCACUGGUGAGACUACGAGGUAUUAUGGCCUCAACGGAUCAGACCCAAUCGGUGGUACACUCUUAAACCCAACAUUCUACGACGACGAAUUCAAGCCGAUAACCCCCAGGAAACCAAGAUGCGACUUUAUACUGACAGGGCUCUAUGAUGAACCCACGAACCAGAGUGUUGUUUUGUGGCAAGACAGCAGUUUCCGCUUUGUUCACGUGUUCACCGGGCGCCAGGGAGCCAUUGCCAUGGAGCCAAUGUCGGGGAUGGCAGAUGCCUACAACAACCACGACCAUCUCUCUGUACUGAGUGGAGGAGAGACAUGGAGUGGCAGUGUCGGUGUCUACGUGGAGUGACCACAAAAGAUUGAACCCACAGCCAGUAAAUGUCAAUAUAACAACCGCCAUUAGAGGCAUAAUUUUACUGCAGAGUAGAGACUCUUUGGUUAGUGCAUUAGCUAAACCUCUUGAUAGUGUGAGUAAAUGAGGAGUAAUUAAGUAUCAUUACCACAA